GUUGGAAGUUUUCGAGGAUUCUUGCUGAAGCUGCGCACUCGUGUGGGUUGCGUGGGGUGUGUCGAGCUUGUGCAUUGAGCAGUUCGCUACCCAUCCCGAAUCACUAAUUCAAUUUUUUUUGGUUUCGUCGCGAUGCUGACAGUAGCCUGGGAGGUUGUUGAUGGGCCAUCUGAAUGCUGCUGAAGAUUGGUUCAAUAGUGUCGAUUGUCAGGAUCCAGCGAUAGGGUGUGGCCGGUUUUCGAGUUAUGUGCGGUUGAGAGCAUAAUGGGGCGAGAAGGAUUUGAUGACAGUGAUUAUGAUUGCGAAGAGGGGUUGAGAUGGGAGAAUGAAUGCAGAGGGGAGGAGGAGGAGGAGGAAGAGGAAGAGGAAGAAGAGGAAGAGGAGGAACUAGUGCAUGUGCCUCAAGAGGAUGAUGAAGCGGAGUCUCAGAAAGCUCAGAAUGUCGCUGCUUUGUUGAGGGGUGACGUGCAAGUGAACAGGCAGGCAUUUCUUCCGAAAGUCCUCACCGUCUCAGACGCAGCAGUAGUGAUCAGGAGACCUUUCAAGUCUCCGUGUCCAAAUGCGUCUCCUGCCUCUCACGUAGAGCUCCUUCGUCGUCUGCAAGCUCGGAAGCGCUUCGUUCCUUGGGGUUGUUCGAGGUUACCAUUCACUCCCAUAACAAAUGCCCCAUUGCCACUCGCUCCUGUGCAAGAGGAGGAGCCUGUCAAGGUUGAGCUCCCUCCAGGGGUCGAGCCUCUGGUUUUGUGGCAGGCAGAUGACAUUGAUGAGGAGAUUGUAGAUGGACAACCUGUAAAAGAAAAACCCCAGCCCAUUAUUGUGGAUCCACACCUUGUAAAAUUUUUGAGACAACAUCAAAGGGAAGGUGUUCAGUUUAUGUUCGAGUGUGUAGCUGGUCUUCGUGGCAUGGCAAUAUCGAAAAAUGAAAAUACCACUUCUGGUGGUUGUAUUCUUGCUGAUGACAUGGGAUUGGGAAAAACUCUACAAUCCAUCACGCUUAUGUGGACGUUGUUGAAACAAGGUUUUGAUGGUAACCCAAUGGCAAAGAGAGUUGUGAUCAUUACCCCCACAAGUCUUGUCAGCAACUGGGAACAGGAAAUUACCAAAUGGCUGAGCCACAGCAAAGUGAAUGUACUAGCUAUGUGUGAGUCCACCCGUGCAGAUGUCCUCCAGGGAAUUUCGACCUUUCUGUCACCGCAAAAUUUUUAUCAGGUUCUCAUAAUUUCGUACGAAACUUUCCGCAUGCAUGCAUCACGAUUUGAGAAAGAAGGCAGUUGUGACCUUCUCAUUUGUGACGAAGCUCAUAGGCUUAAGAACGACAAAACUCUCACCAACCAGGCUCUUGCUUCUCUUCCAUGUUUUAGGCGCGUAUUGUUAUCAGGCACUCCCAUGCAGAAUGAUUUGGAGGAGUUUUACGCAAUGGUCAAUUUCACAAAUCCUGGAGUUCUUGGUGAUGCAAGCACCUUCCGAAAAUAUUAUGAAAACCCAAUUUUGACUGGGCGGGAGCCUGAUGCCACGGACGAUGCCCGAGCACUUAGUAUCGAACGAUCGGCAGAGCUUAGUGAGAAAGUUAAUCAGUUCAUAUUGCGACGGACAAAUGCUCUCCUAUCAAAACAUUUGCCACCUAAGAUUGUAGAAGUUGUUUGUUGUAAAAUGACUGAGCUUCAAACAAACCUUUAUCGACAUUUUAUAAGAUCGAAGAAUGUUCGUCAAGCCUUGGAAGACAACACAAAGCGUGCAAAAGUAUUAGCAUCUAUUACAGCACUUAAGAAGUUGUGCAAUCAUCCAAAGCUCAUCUAUGAUACGAUACGUGCUGGUGGAUCCGAGGCUGCUGGAUUCGGUGACUGUCUUAAAUUGUUUCCCCAACACUUGAUCGCCAGCAGGAGUAAUUCAUGGCCAGACUGGAUUGAUUUGUCUGGAAAAAUGUCAGUUCUAGCACGCUUGCUUUCAGAGCUACGUUGCAAGACUGAUGAUCGCAUCGUUCUCGUUUCCAACUACACUCAGACUCUGGAUUUAUUUGCACAAAUCUGCCGGGAGAGGAAUUAUCCAUUUGUAAGGCUUGACGGGACUACCUCCAUUGGUAAACGACAAAAGUUGGUAUCAAGGUUUAACGACCCAAAUCAAAAUGAGUUUGCUUUCUUAUUAAGUAGUAAAGCUGGAGGCUGUGGUUUGAACUUGAUUGGAGGUAACCGGUUGGUGCUCUUCGAUCCUGAUUGGAAUCCUGCCACUGAUAAACAGGCGGCAGCUCGAGUUUGGAGAGAUGGACAAAAGAAAAGAGUAUACGUUUAUCGGUUUCUAGCCAGUGGCGGCAUAGAAGAAAAGGUAUUUCAACGCCAGAUGUCUAAAGAGGGACUGCAAAAAGUAGUUGACAAAGAACAAUCAACUGAUGCCAAAGCUCAGAUGAACAUGUUAUCCACAGAUGAUCUCAGAGACCUGUUCACACUUCGUGAAGACGUCAGAUCUGACACACAUGAUUCGAUUACUUGCGAACGGUGUAACUGUGACGGUGACGUUGACUCUGAGGAUACGACUACAACUCCUGAUAACUCUGCUGACAAUGUUGAGGACAUUGGCGAGUUUGCCAAAGUCGCUGGUUGCCUAGGCAAGCUGAAGCCGUGGGAGCGGCAGAUUGGAACACCCGCAGAAGAAGACCUAGUAAGCUGGGCUCAUCAUAGUGACUCUUCCACCAUUCCUGAUGUCAUUCUGCGAGCUGCUUCUUCUGGUCAGGUAUCCUUUACCUUCACCUGCCAGGUUGAUGGCAAACUCACGCCUAUCGACUCCUUCCCUCGAUCGUCGGCUCUCUACUCUACACCUUCUCUUCAGGCAAAGUCCUUUGCAUCACCUGUUACGAGAGAGCUUCGUGCCCCCAAGACCCCACCAGUCCUGAAUGGGUUUAGCAAGCCAGGAUCCAAUGUGUUCAGUAAGCCAAACUCCAACGGACUCAGUAAGCCAAACUCCAACGGGCUCAACGAUAGUGGCUUUGUAACUCCACCUCCCAAGCGGCCUCGUGGACGUCCUCCUUUGUCCAGAAAAUCUCCUGCGACUGUGUUGCCUGUAGCUCCAGUUUCUUCAAAUAAGCGCCCGAAAACCACUGCUGCUCAAAAAACCAGCAAGCGUACGUCUGCUUCAAAAAGUCAUUCAUCUGAUGAGAGUAGCGCUGAUGAGUAUGUGUCCGAUGACAGCGAUGAGGACGACGAUGAUCAAGGUGAUGGCGAGGAUGACGACUUCGCCUGAUUAUUAGUGCACGGAGCUCAAUCUGUAUUAUAGUAUGAUUGAAUAUCCCCUGAUAAUUCAGUCUAGUAAUAUUUUAUGGUGUAUCUGAUGAGUAUGACUCUCAUGAGACCUUCAGUUCAUUGCCACUGUUACUCUCAACGUGGAAAAAUGGACAAGAGCUCAUUCAACUCUGUAGAAACGUGCUGCCACCACAGCUCUGAGCCUGAAAAGUGCCAUCUAUGAUCACCCUUAAGAAUGUGGGGCUUUUGAGCCUCCUUUCAUCUCAUCAUAUUCUAUAUUCACAUUGUACAAGGUUAGGAUAACAUCAUUAACCACUUUGACAAAGAUAGACCUAAUUUCUCCAGUCUAUUUUUACAAGGAAGCUUUUUUGGCCUCAAGCUCUUUUUUUUUCA